AUGGCUUGUUCCAAAGCUGAAGACCUUAUCAAUCAACUCAUCGAAGCUACAUUGAAAUUACUCGAAUUCGGCUUGAAUAUCAUGGAUGCACUGCGUGUACAAAAACUCCUGACACUACGAAAUCAAAAGAUUGGAUUAAUUAGUGAUGAUGCUUGUUUACCGGAAUGUAGUCUUCGAUUUUCUUUAAAUUUUGACUUGAUGAUGUUUAAUAAGUUAUUACGAAAUGCAUGUCUUCGUGCUCGUGCAACGCUGAAUGAGUUACGUGUUUGUCGACUUCGAUAUCCCAAUGCACCAUUGGUGCUUGAACCCAAGACAAAAGUGAAAUUUCAAAAAUUACAACGAAAAAUUCAAGAAUUCGACGAAGCUGUCAGAUCUGACAAAAUGAUUGCACGGCGUGAUCUACGAGACUUCCGAGAGAUCUCAAUCAUUUUCUCGCAAUUGGAACAUGAUUUGAAACUACUCAUCUGUAGUUUAGAAUGUGCAAGUACAAUGAAAGACACGUCGAUUGCACAAAAGGCCGAAAUCGACGAGAAAAUCGCUGCUGCCGAACAACAGAAAGCUUUACAAGAGCAGAAGGUAUCGCAAACGAAUUCGACAACUCCUCUGCAACAAAAACCGUCCGCCGCUCGAGUUCCGAAGAACCGAACGAACGAAGCGCUUUACACUGGUCGAAAUACCAAUCGCACAUCUCAACAACGUCGUCAAGACAUGACGGCGAUGAUUGCUGCUGCUAGUCAGCAGAAACUUGAAUCAAAUCACGAGAAACUGUCUGUACAAACGAAUACAUUACCCACAACUCAAUCCGAAAGAAGUCUGAAAGAAAGUAAUUCAAAUGAUAUUAACAGUACUAAUAAUAAUAAACACAAUGGUAAACUGCCUAGACAUAUAAAUCGUCAUCAUUCGUCGAUCAAAUCCAACAUGUUACAGCAGCAACGGAAAGGAAAUGCGGCAAGCGAUGAAAUUCGAUUAGAUCAUCGACAAGUAAAACAAUUUCGUCAUGACUUUAUCAAAAAAUGGACUGAUGAUGCACGGCAAAUAUAUGCACAAAGUCAUUUAAUUCGUUCUUCGAAUAUUUCUUCGACUCCAGUCGUUCGUGUUGAUUUUGAAAAUAAUCAUCGACAUAGACCAAAAUCAACAUAUCAUCACUACCGUCAUCGUCGUUCUUCUUUUUCGUCGUCGUCUUCGUUAGUUCCCAACAAUACUAAAACUUCAUCUUCAAUGGAGGACUUGCGUCAUGGUAAAACAAAAGCAUGCUCAUCAAAUUCAACUAGUCUCUCAUCCGCUAUUGAAAAUCAAUCGAAUAUCAAACAACAACAACAACAACAUGCAUCAUCAAACAACAGUGCCCAUGUUCAGCGAAACUUCAAUGAUAACAUAGAAUGUAAAAUUAGUUAA